AUGGCAGGAGAGAGUCUGCACAAACAUGCGGUCAAACAACUGGACUCAGAGGCCGCUCUGCGGGACGAGAGGCCAGCGCUGGAGCAGCACAAGGACAAGGAGUUCUCUCAGCACUUUUCCAAGAGCAGCACUGAAGCCAGAGACAAAGCAGAGAAGGACGUGACGCAGCAGAGAGAGGCUGUGAUCCGGCCGCAGCAGGCGGGAAAGAUCGACUUCAGCUCCCUGCUGCAGAGUCUCACUAAGUUCGCCUCUGAUCGGACCUGGCCCAGCGGCAAAGCCAGCCCCCAGUCUCCUAGCGCCAAGAGCCGCCGAGAGAAGGUCAGACGCUCGGAGAAGUGUGAGCGCGGCCCACAGCAGCUGUACAGACUAAGCCUCACUCACCCGCGCUCACACCCCACCAUCGGCAUCGCGUACCCCCAGCAGAAGGUCUCUCCUCCCAAGGACAGCAGCCGUGGCCCCGUCUCCAGCAGCUACCGCUUCCACUCUCCUGCUUUACCUGAACGAGAGGCGGAGCUGCCGCAGGACGAGCUCAGCUUCACACACUGCUUCCAGGAGAGCGCCUCGGGAGCCGCCCCCCAGAACUAUACCUCACAGCCCCCCGCCCUCCAGACCCACCCCUCUAUGGACAGUGGAGCAGCUGGAUCCCAGCUCCUACUGCCUGACUUUCAGAUCAGUGGAUCUAACACAUGGCAGUCUUCAGACAGGACUUUCUCUGGUGCUAACUUCGGACAUAAGUCUGCUCCUCUCACAGACAGCAGUAAAUCUAACCCCUUUGUGUCUGGGCCUUUUCCGUACGGAUAUCACCUGCUGGAGGAGUCUGCAUCAGACGCCUUCACUUGUGAACAAGCUGCACCUUCCCAGGACUUCACAGACUCUCUGAGCUCAGCCCAUGUCACUCAUUCUUUCCCCUUUAGCUCCGGAGCCGGACAGAGCGUGGGUCAGACACACUUCAGUAAUGAUCCUGCGUUUGUUCCUGCAGCACAGUCCUCCAGUCUGAGCGAGGACUCAGCGAGCAGUGACAGCUCUGGCUCCAGCUCACAGCCGUCAGAGAAGGGCAAAGAUACAGUUGGACAGACAGACACAUCAGGGAGUAAGAGGAACUGUCACACUAAAGACACCGCUGCCAGAACUCUCCCACAGGGAAGUGUGCACUAUGCAAGAACUGUCACAGCAGGCCCAGGAACUCAAAUGCACUUUCCCAACAAGAAAAACACUAAUCCCACAGCCAACAGCAUGCACAGGGCGUCCGCCAACUUUGAUAAAAAUAUGAAUAAUAAGAUUGUAAACAGAGUACAACACAACUGGGAAGGUAACAACAAAACAUAUCAAUCUAAUGAUCAAAACACACAAUAUACUGAGGUCAAUGAAAAGUUUCAGUUCCAGAACCAGCCGGUGCGUGACCAAAGAUCCAAUACUCCUAAAAACAGCCGGAUGCCCUGGCAGCAGAUCAGGCCAAACACGGCUCUGCACCAAAACAGAGUGACUGAGUUAUCGCGGCAACUCAGCAACCAGAAACUGGCCUACAUGGUGCCUCCCUCUGAGGGCUCGCAGAAAAACAACACGUUUCAGACCAGCCGAGCAGAACCCAUAACACACGGCUCUAGUGCCGUCUCUACGUUUAAAGUAGAAAUGAGCCACACUCAAGUGUGUGAAGCUAAGAAUAAAACUAUGUACUUCGGCCUGAACCAGCCCCUGGCGACGCCAUCAUCUCGAAACUACAGCUACCCUCCGUUACAAGUGCCGCCCAUGGGCCUCAUGAUGGUGUCUCCGUACGAGUCCCCGCUGCCCUCUCCGGUCCAUAACCCGGCCUCCAGCAGCACAUGCUCCUCCCUGUCCCCGGCCUCCACCAGCCCAGUUAACUUCAGCUCAGAGGACAAGCCAGCUCCAGCUCAUGCUUUCUACCAUCCAGCUCCAGCCAAAACCUCCUCUGACUUAAACUCGCACCAGUUCCACUCGGACAGAGCUCUGGCCUUCGCUGACCGCAGCAAAGACAACAUCAUGAGCUUCUUACCAAACAACGUGCACAGCAAGAGUUCCCUGGAUGUGAACAAAACAUACAUUGACAGUUUUGGGGUGGAGCAUCACCAGCCCCCGCCUUCCUACUCUGCACAUCAGUUAGCCACCUCGCUAGCCACGGCUAACCUCGACCAGUUAGACGUGCUGCUCACAUGUAAACAGUGUGACCAGAAUUUCAACAACCUGGCCUCCUUUCUUGGCCACAAACAGUACUGCUCCCAGCAUGCCUUUGCACAGAACGAACUGAAAGAAUUAUCCAAAAUAGACGAGAGUAAAAGGUUUAAUACUGAACCGGUGAAAACCAUUUCUGCAUUUUCAAACAGUUCCAUGUCUCGCUGUCCGUCUGAAAUUCACCUCUCGCUGCUGGGCCUGAAUAAGAAUGGGGAGCUUAUUCCUGAGAGUGAGACAAAAGGAGAAAGCAAAGAUGAUUCACUGAAACUCAAUCUGUUUACUGGCUCUGGGAAUCUCCCUGUUGCUCUGCCUGAACUGGAGAUGGAAGAUGCCAAAUUAGACAGCUUAAUUACGGAGGCUCUGAACGGAAUGGGUUAUCAAUCUGACAAUGCUGAAAUAGACAGUAGCUUCAUUGAUGCGUUUGGUGAUGAUGAGCUAAACAAUAUCAAAACAACGUCGACUAAACAAUCUUUGAAAACGAAAGAAUGUGACAAAAAGAGAAAAUCCAAAGCAGAUUUUGACAGAUCUUUAGCACAGGGAAAGUAUUUUUACACAGACGAGGAAAGUCCUGACAGUGAAAAACAGUUCACAGAAUGCAAAGUGGGGAAAAUGUCUUUGAAUUUAGAACAAGAUGAGAAAAUUAACAUUAAAAAAGAAGUUCCUCAUAAAAAUUCAAGAGGCGCCUCGAGGGAGAAGGCGCGGGAACAGGACGGGAAAGUGAAGGAGACGCAAAAACUGUGCAAAGUUGAAGACCCGAACACACCGAGGCUGGUGCUUUCUAGUAAGUUUUCGGAGCGUUUCCAAGAGAGCGGCUGCGUCCCCUCCGCCCAGGCCUCGGUAUCACCCACCUCCAAAGCCAGCGUCAAAGAGAGCAAACGGAAAAACAGCGCUGGGGGAUCGUGGAGCAAAGAACUUAUUCAUAAAAUAGUCCAACAGAAAAAUAAGCUCCAUAAGCUCCAUGUCAAAGGCACCAAGAAUCUACAGUUUUCCCUGGUGAUGGAGCGGCUCACACCCACCGUACAGAACCCGGCCUUUGGAGAGUACGACUAUGUCUCGGACUCUGACGAUGAAUGUGAACCGGUGAAAAUCGCGAGCCAAGGCCGGUUGAACCAGAGCAGCCGGUGCAAAUACACCUACACCAAAGAGUGCAAGUGGCGAGCGCGGAGCGACCGAGACCAGGCGGCCUGGAGGCACGAGUCCAAAGAGUGUUUUGAGGUGAAGAAAAGCGAGGAGCUCUCUGUGUUUCCGGAAAAGCAAAGGCUAAAGCGAAGAAGCAGCCGGUCCUCGACGAGCAGCGAAACCAACAGCCCCAAAAGCACCGACACCAACAACUCCACCAACUCGGACUCUGAGAGAAAGACUGAGGUGAAGAAGAAAGAUCCAGCAGAACCUCGGACCUACGAGAGGACUUCCCCGUACAAGGUGUGCAAAGAGUCCAGCAAGCUAGCACUGACCUUCACCAAGUCCGUCAAGAAAUACAACUCUGAGAAAGCUGAAAAGACAGACGCAUCACAGAGUCUAAAGAAAAGUCAACCGCAAGUUUCUGAUUCACCGAAAGCAAGAGAGGAGUCAAAAAGUGUGGAGAAGCGGAAAAACUCUCCGACAAAAACAAAAGAAAAGCUUCCCGGCAAAGACUGUCAAAGCUCUGUGGACAAAAACAACCAAAAAGAACCAGUGAAAGUGUGUGUUUCACAGGACAACAAACAAUGUACCGAGCCACUACACAACGAAACACAAUCUCUGGGCAUUCGUAAGACGGUGGAUUUCAAAGCAGAGAGGAGCGGAAAAAGCCCGAGGGGAGGGUCUGAUUCAUCCACUUGUGGGGCAUUUGAUAAACUCAAUGACAGUGCACUGAAAGAACCCAUUACUUUAGUCAAUGACCUGGACACACACAAGGACUCGUCCCUUUGUCGUUCGCUGAUGGAUAGUGUGUGUCUGUCCCCGGUCCAGCCCCAGGACGCUCUGAUUCCAAAAGACCCGCUUCACCUCAUGCCCUACAGUCUGGAGCCGGACCCGGGGCUCAUCAAGUCGCCGCUCUCCUUUGACACCUCAUCAAUGUUUGGAGAGAUGGGCGGAUUUGACAGCGGGAUUUACUCGGAAAUACCCAUUCCCAAAGAGGCCUUUCACACCAUCGAGAACUCUGCGGACAAGAAGGAGGAGUUUGACUGGAGCAUGAUUGUUAGCCCUGUGCUUCCGGAUGAAAUAUCAGAGUACAAAGCGGAGAAAUCGCACGAAAAGAAAGGAGAUUAUAAUCAUAUUUCCCUGUCGCUUCCAGAGAAGAUCAUUGACUACAGCGCCGCGCUCACCAACUGCGUUUCCGACGAUGAGCUGGAGAUAAAGAGAAUAGUUAAUGAGCUUGAAAAUCAGCUACAAACAACAAAGUUAGAGAGCCCGCCACUGCUGGUGCCAGACUCCCCCAAGCCGCUGCAGAUGAGCAAAUUCUCACCGUUGCGUCUCAGUGACGAGAGUGAAAACGACAGCUCCAGUUUGGACAUGGGCUGCACCGUGGAGGCGAUAACUGCACCCAUCGCCAUCCUGCCCAGCGAGCCCUACACCGGGGCCGCUCUCCCCUGGGCCAGUCCUUUCCAGUUUGAGCUCAUGGGCGGACACACGGACCCCCCCACUCCUCUCCAAAGUGAAGCAGUGGUCCUUGAACCUCUGACAGAGAAAGAAGGGAACAAUAGAUUGGGUUUAAUUGCCACAGCCACGGAGGAGGGAAAGGUGGAGAGAGACGUGCCUGCGGAAACAAAGGAGGAGGCUUUAGAACAGAAGAGAUACGCCGAAAACCUGAUGAAAAGUCUGGAGGUGAUUUCUGAUUCUAUAUUCAAAGAAGAAGCUAUUAUCACGGAACAGAAAGAGCCCGGUGUCACUUCUCUCACGAGUCAACAGCCUCAAGAAAUUGAAUGUCAGACAACCAAUGUGUUUGAGACAGAGGAUCAGAGUGAAAGGGAAGCAAUUACCAGGCAGCAGAAUAUAUUAUCACCUCCAAAUAUCAAUGAGCGGAAGGAUGAGAUUGAAUACAUUUUGAAUGAGUCACACAAACUUCUCUCUGAAAGCAAUGACCCCGGCAUCUGUGGAAUCGAGCCAAUCUCCUCAGAAACAGAUAUUCCUGCAGAAAACAAUUGCACUGAGGCUGUGGGAGAAGAAGUGCCAUCUAAGGACUGUAUCAGUGAAAAUAGUGAUUCUAUCAAAGCUGACAAUGGCCCCAGAGAGUUGACACUUGACCCUUACGUGGAGCAGGAGGCCCCUGGAAGCACAGAGGGAGAGCUAUUAGAAAGCACUCAUGUCAUCCCAGAACAAUUAAGUAUGAGACAGGAGACUGUGGAUUCUAUGGAGGCUGUGGAGGGUGCAGAGGCUGUGGAGGGUGCAGAGGCUGCAGAGGGUGCAGAGGCUGUGGAGGGUACAGAGGCUGUGGAGGGUGCAGAGGCUGCAGAGGCUGUGGAGGGUGCAGAGGCUGUGGAGGGUGUGGAGGCUGUGGAUGGUGCAGAGGCUGUGGAGGGUACAGAGGCUGUGGAGGGUGUGGAGGGUGCAGAGGCUGCAGAGGCUGUGGAGGGUGUGGAGGCUGUGGAGGGUGCAGAGGCUGUGGAGGGUACAGAGGGUGCGGAGGGUGCAGAGGCUGUGGCGGGUACAGAGGGUGCGGAGGCCGUCAGAGGACUCAUGGAUCAGUCUGACAGGACGCCUGUCUCUCCGGCGCUCGUGGACGUCUCGCUGCACACUCACAACAAAGACAGCGUCACACAGAUAUUGACUGAACAAUCCAAUAUUGCAGAUAAGAUCCCGACACAUAUUGAGAUGAAUAAUAAUGAAUAUACACAGAGUGCGGAGAAAGAUAACGCUUCUAAUUUGGGAUGUGAUGUUUCAUUAGAACUAAUGGCCAAAUAUGAACCCAGCAGUCCCACACUCUCCAAGACAAACGUCAAAAACAUCGAUCAGUCUUCACCUUUCCACAGAGCGCCAUGCACAGACGGUCUGAUAAUCCUCUGCUCCACACAAACUCUGAUGGGCUCAGACUGCAGCAAAAUGAAUCCAUUUAACGAGCCAUUACGACACGACACGCAGCUACAGUUUGACAGCGUUCAGAAGCAGGAGAUUCUAAACGUCCAAGACAUCAAAGAGCAGCUUCCUGUUGAUUUCAUGGCCAGUCGACAGAACUCCCCAUGCAGAGACACGGAAGACAGUCAGUGCCUAUUCAUGCAUGUUACCCAGCCCAGCCUCUCAGCUCUAUCCUCCUCAAUCCCAGCACCGAUAACACAAAGUGACAAAGAUGAAGAUCCGCAGAGCAGCAGCGAUUGGACCAUUCAGACCAACUCACACCAAGACAAAGAUGACAAUCACCAGGAAAUAUUAUCAGCCGCUGAGAUGGAGUAUUCUAAGAUAAGCCCCCCUCACCUGGACUUGGGUGAAAUAAUCUCCAAAGAUAGCACCCCCUGUCCUCUGUCUUUAACAGGCCCAGAGGCAUCGCAGCAAUCAGGAAGUAUCGAGAAGACAAAUCCAAUGUUCAGUCUGAAGCUGAGCCCUCUAAACUACAGCAGCGUAUCAGAUGAGCCUCCGAAAUUACAUCAAUACGAUUAUAUUCCAAUUUCACCGGUGCAGCAGUGUAGCGAUGACACGGAGCCAGACAAUAACGCUGCACAGACUCUCAACAACACACCAGAGCUAACCCUGGAGCUGACUUCAUCCCACCGCCCUGCGCCAAUUAAUGAAACCCAACAGCUCACAUGUAUUUCAUUUGAUGUUCCCACUGGAGACAUUUCGUUGGCCUCUGAGCUAAAAAGCCAUUUGGACGACCGCCACAAUGAAUUUAAAAGUAUAACGACUGAAGUAGAGAGAGCGAACUCCAGUGAGGUGUCUGCUGAGGACAAUUCUGUUUUGCAAAACAUUUCAGAUGGUCCGCCCACUCCGAAGAUUAUCUGUGAAAAUGAUACGCAGCCUCUUCCAGAACCGUCCGGCAAGAAUCUAACAAUAGAGGCUGGCCUGGGUUCAACAGCUCCCAAGCAAGAAGCGGAUAAGAAGGCACAGAACGCUCAGCAGGGGAAAGUGGUGUGUGAAAUCUGCCUCAUGUGCUUCAGAACUGUUCCAGGGUUAAAAAGACAUAAGGCCAUGAAGCAUCUGAUCCGGCCAGAGAAACACAAUGACAGUCAAAACUUCAGCCAGCAACGAACUCUUAUUUAUGACCCUGUAGAAAAGACACAUAAAGAUGAUUCCCAGCCGAGCUUGGAUGUCAUUUCGCAGCCUGUUGUCGUGGCUAAUGCUGAAGACGCUGGCUUUGUCUCAGAGGAAAUGCAUAAUGAGACUGGUGCAAUCGCAGUGGACGGACCAGAGCCGCACCUUAAACUAAAGAAAACGAAAGCAAAAAGAAGCAAAAACACAGACGCAAACCCCACACCUGAGCCCUUCUCUGACCAGCUCCUGCAUUUGAUAAAGACAAACAUUCUGCAAGCCAUUAGUCCUGGAUUUCAAAACAAUUCUUUACAAGAGCGCUGUAAAUCACCAGAGAAUCAAGUGCAUGUGACUGAGAAAGCGGCGAGUGCGAUGGAAGAUUUCCCUGAGAUUGUUCCGGUCGCUUUUACAAGUACGUCUCAAUCUGUUACAGAAGAGGUGAAAUUGUUGCACCCAACUGCAGAACACAAAGAAGAGAAGAAUGUGAUGGCAAGUAGCGAAAAAUGUACAGAUGUAGACACGGAUAAGGCUGUAUGUGAGGACGGUAAUUUAAUAGGACAGUGUGUUGAGGCGGAGAGAAGCUCAGAGGCGGAAGAGAAACUAACACAAGAAAUUUGUGGAAAUGUGACGAUGGAGAUAAAAAGCGAGGACAGUAGCAGCACAAAUGACAGCCACGCUCGCCCCAGCCGCCCACCCAUGGACCCCCCUGGGAUUAGCCCUGAUCUCAAAGCAAUAUUCGACGAUGACAAUACAUUUACAAAGCUGUAUCCAAGAGAUGAAGAAGAGAAGCGGAAAAAAUGCCCUCGUGUUUACACCAAGCGGAACAAGAAGCAGAAGUGUGAGCAGAGUGAGCAGUUGGCGGAGAAGCUAACCACGGCCUUCGCUGAGAAUCCACCCGCUCACUGUCAAUAUGAGACAAUCUCCAUCGACGACGCCAUUAUGCUAAAUAUGUGCCACAACAGCGCUCUCAAGGCCGCCGCUCCGCCGCAGGGAGAGAGUAAACAACAUCAAGAGGCCGAUGUUGAAGAGAAUGAAAGCAGAAGUGUCGUGGAUGCAACUCAGAACCCAAAUGAAAAGUCCUCUUUACAUUUCAGUGAAUUAUACCCAAAGGCUAGCAUGAGCUCUGACCAAAGCACGUGUAAAACAGAAGAACAAACAGGGCCAUUCCCAUCACCUCUCCCCAGUGACCCAGAACCAAGAGGGACCAAGAGUGCACAACAUCAAAGCAUUGACAUUCCAAAUAUGAACACGACUUUUCAGCUUCCUGAUAUUCAGUUCUUUGAUUCUAACAAGGACGUGACGCUCGCGCCUCCCGUGGAAACCACAGAGGUGGAGAAAAAGGAGGAAGACAAGAGCAGCAAGCACCAAGAACGCCGUGGACGCAAACGUCAAGAGGGCGGCCUGAAGGUCAAAGACAAGCAGUAUAAGUGCAAGGUCUGCUUCAGCUGGUUUCUCACUCUGGGCGAGCUGAACUUCCACAAGCUCUCGCACAACCCCUCCCCUCCCCCCACCUGCUACAUGUGUGUCCAGCGCAAGUUCAGUUCCAGAGAGCAGCUCCGAGACCAUCUGUGGGAGAAGCAUGCCAAGAACAAGAGCGGGAUCUGGACCUGCGGCAUGUGCUUGAAGGAGAUAUCGGACGUGUGGAUGUAUAACGAGCACCUCCGAGAGCACGCUACGCAGUUCGCCCGCAGAGGUCAAAGUCAAGGCUCUAUGCUGGGUAUUUCUGGUAUCAUGCAGGAGACAGCUGUGAAGAAUUUUAUUACCUCUAUAAUGCAGCAUCGGCCCAGCAAAGCCAGCCGAGAAUCCAGUAAAGCGGCGGUGAAAGAAGCAGAAAAGAAACAUCCCCCGGAGAGCGCGACGGAGGAGGCGAAAGUGCAGAAAGUGAAAAGUGGGCCCAGUGGGAGGCCGAGCAUUCUGACUCCGCUCGAGGUCCUUCACAAAGUCGACACGCCCAAGAACGUGGAGAUCCAUCCCAACUGCAAAGACCCCUCUCGAGACUGCCACCACUGCGGCAAGCAAUUCCCCAAACCCUUCAAGCUGCAGCGGCAUUUGGUCGUGCACAACUUGGAGAAAAUAUUCCUCUGUCACAAGUGCCCCGUGUCGUACCAGGAGGCCCAGGAUCUGAAAGAGCAUCUGAAGCGAGAGCACGAGGACGCAGACGAGAAGGAUUCAAAACACACAACCCUCUACACGUGUGAGCUCUGCGCAGACGUCAUGCAUGUCAUCAAAAAAUCCUUCAUCUGCAGCACUUGCAACUACACUUUCUCCAAAAAAGAGCAGUUUGACCGACACAUGGAGAAGCACCGCCUGGGGGGAAACAAGAUCUUUAAGUUCCGAGGGGUUCUGAGGCCCGUCAAAGCAUCCGCAUCCACAACAGACGACGAAUGCGACUCUCCUGGCAGUAAAAAGAGGAGGCUUCUCGCCGACAGUCUGGCGGAAAACAGCUCCGACAGCGGCAUCGCCAGUGUCAGUCCUCUGCACCAAAACUCAGAGCCCUCCAAGUCCUGCAUCUCCACGGCGGACGACUCCACGCAGACCACCGUCGGCGAGUUCCACGACGACACCAGCAACAAUGUAAAGACAGAGGAUGCUGCAGAGGACUACUCGGAUCUGCUUAUCGAGCUGGAGAAAUGCAUUCACAUGGGCAGCAAAGACUCGCCCAAGGAGGAAAUGGAGCCUGUGCUUUCGCCUAAUCCUGACGCAGACGGUAAUGAAACAUUUAUUAGCGACGCAUGUGAUGUGAAAGAAGAGAAUGAGUCUGUUUGCAUUAAAGCAGCGGCCAAAGAAGCCAGAGAGGAAGUGGAGGAGAUUAUAAACGGGAAAGACGAUGCAUUAUCUGAAAAACUAGAGGAUGCACCUUCUCUUUAUUGUGUUAAAGAAAAUGUUACGAUGGUGGCGGCAGAGUUAAACACCAUAAUUUCUGAGCCCCACAAAAAGGACGAGCCGAGGCCGCAAGCAUCAAAGGUCUCCAACGACGAAACGAAAAGACAGACGGUGGAGCAGAACAACAUCAGUCGCCUCAAAGAGAGAUUAAAACCCUCAGAUCUUUCCAAGUCAUCUCUCACACAACACCGAGGCAGCGUGGAGCCGCACAACGACGACAAAGAGAUUCCCAAACUGCAGAAGAAGAGAAAAGACGUGAAAACCUCUCACAGUUCGAUAAGAGUGUCGUCUCCAGCCACGCAGGAAAACAUAGACAUCGAGACUCAGGCCAGGAAGAAGUUUCGGACCGGGAAACCUGUGGCCAUGCAGAGGAAGUCAGACGGGCCCAAAGAGUACCCGGUGCUGUCCUCUAUGCACAGCGACAUCGGGAGCAACAAGAUGGUCGUCAAAAGCAAGACUCAACCCAACGCUCAACCCAAGAAAAGUUUACACGACAGCUUCACGCCAAAGAAGAGCGACGCUGUGAGUUCGCUCAACGGGGAUUUCAAAGCCAAGAAAGGAAGCAUGGCGCGGCCUUUGCACUCGCCCAUCUCCAAAGUCCCCAUGAACAAUUCUCUCCACAAGUCCAAGGCCAAGAUGGGGGUGCGAGCCAUGGACAACGGGCACUCGUUCCGGACAGCAGAGUCGCAGAACCACAUCCUGAGCCAGCUGUUUGGACAGAAACUCACCAGCUUCAAGAUCCCGUUGAGGAAGGACACAUCCGAGACCAUAAACUGA